GCUGAUGCCGACAGUGGAUUCAAGACCCAAACCUAUGUCGACACUAAAGAAAAUCCAGAAUUAUAUGAAUUAGUGAACACAUAUAAGCCGGACUUGAUUUGGUCGGAUGGGGCCAGCGGUGGAAACUCUCAGUACUGGAAAAGCGAGGCAUUCCUCGCCUGGCUUUACAACGAUAGUCCCGUUAAGGAUACUGUUGUCGUGAAUGACAGAUGGGGAUCUGAGACCGACGGUCACCAUGGUGAUUUCUACAACUACGAUGACAAUUACAACCCUGGUAAGUUGAUGCCUCAUAAGUGGGAGAAUGCGGCCACACUAACGAAGGGCUCGUGGGGUUAUCACCGCAAUAUCGAUCUCAACGGUAUUAUGAGUCCAUUGGAAAUACUCACACAACUCGCACAGACUAUUAGUUGUGGCGGAAAUAUAUUGCUUAACGUCGGGCCCACCAAAGAGGGCACUAUUAUUCCCGUUUUGGAGGAACGGCUGCGAGGACUGGGAGAUUGGCUUAACGUGAAUGGAGAGGCCGUGUAUAUUUUGGAGGAACGGCUGCGAGGACUGGGAGAUUGGCUUAACGUGAAUGGAGAGGCCGUGUAUAGUAGCCAUCCCUGGACUCAUCAAAACGAUACGACCACUAAAGGCGUUUGGUAUACCCAUAAAGACCAAGACGUUUACGCAAUGGUAUUGUUUUGGCCCAAAAAUAAUGAGGUGGAGUUGGGAUCAGUUGCACAUAAUUCGGUCAGUAAUGUGCAAAUGUUGGGAGUGGAGGGCAAUCUGGAGCAUAAGGCAGGUGCUGACGACCAUACAAUUGUUACCUUUCCUCACGUCGCUCCUGAAAGCCUGAAAACGAGUUUGAUUUUUGUGUCCGCAAUACUUGUGACCUAUGUAUUGAGUGCACCCAAUGCUACGGAACCCGGUGCCAGAUAUGAUCCUAAAUGGGAAUCACUGGACAAGCGUCCCAUUCCGGGCUGGUAUGACGAGGCAAAGGUCGGUAUUUUCAUACAUUGGGGUGUUUUCUCUGUGCCCGCUUAUAUGGACGAAUGGUUUUGGUGGCACUGGAAAGCUUAUAAUAAAGUUGAGAUAGUUCAGGCUGUGGUAGACUUCAUGAAAGCCAAUUACCCGCCCAACUGGACGUAUCAGGACUUUGCCAAUCAAUUCACGGCUGAAUUCUUUGACCCAAACCAUUGGGCGGAUGUCUUCAAGUAUCUCCAUAUAGAUGCUUAUUUAAAACCAUUGGAAAUGAUCACAGAAAUGAUCAUGGCCAUUAGUUGUGGGGACAAAGUUGUUUACGCGACCGUAUUGUUUUGGCCCAACAAUAAUGAGGUGGAGUUGGGAUCAGUUGCACACAACUCGGUUAAUAACAUCCAAAUGUUGGGAGUGGACGGCAACCUCAACCACCGGGCAGUGGUCCACGUAUUGAGUGCACCCAAUGCUACGAAACCCGGUGCCCGAUAUGACCCCACGUGGGCCUCCAUAGACAAGCGUCCCAUUCCGGGCUGGUAUGACGAGGCAAAGAUCGGUAUUUUCAUACAUUGGGGUGUUUUCUCUGUGCCCUCCUUUGGGGACGAGUGGUUUUGGUAUCGCUGGAAAGGAGACAAAGUGCAGGCAUUCAUAGACUAUAUGAAAAACAACUACCCGCCCAACUGGACGUAUCAGGACUUUGCCUCUCAGUUCACGUGUGAAUUCUUUGACCCAAACCAUUGGGCAGAUGUCUUCAAGGCAUCGGGUGCUAAUUAUGUGGUGCUGACUACCAAACACCACGAGGGGUAUGCAAUGUGGCCCUCGAAGUACUCGUACAGUUGGAACGCCAUGGAUGUCGGACCCAAUCGGGAUUUAGUCGGUGAAUUAUCAACGGCUGUGAGAGCGAAGGGCAUGAAGUUCGGUGUCUAUCACUCACUGAUGGAGUGGUUUCACCCGCUUUUUGUACAGGACGCAGACAGUGGACACAAAACACAAUACUUUGUUGAUGCUAAAAUACAGCCAGAGUUGCGUGAAUUAGUGAACAACUAUAAGCCGGAUAUAAUCUGGUCGGACGGUAAUGGAGGCGGAGAUCCCAAGUACUGGAAGAGUGAGGAGUUCUUGGCCUGGCUUUACACCGAUAGUCCCGUUAAGGAUACUGUUGUUGUGAAUGACAGAUGGGGGGAGGGCUCCGAUGGACAUCAUGGAGACUUUUAUAACUUUGCCGACAGUUUUAACCCGGGUGUUUUAGUGCCACACAAAUGGGAACACAUUGAUACAAUUAGUAAAGGUGCGUGGGGUUACAAACGUAAUGUCAAUCUAUGGGACUAUUUAACACCAUUGGAAAUGCUCAGACAAUUGGUCAUGGCUAUUAGUUGCGGCGGAAACAUGAUGUUCAAUAUCGGGCCCACAAAGGAGGGCACCAUUACUCCCAUUUUCGAGGAACGGUUGAGACAACUGGGAGAUUGGCUUAAUGUGAACGGAGAGGCUAUAUAUAAGAGUAAACCCUGGACUCAUCAAAACGAUACGCUAACUAAAGAUGUUUGGUAUACGCAAAAUGGUCAGGCUGUUUACGCAAUGGUAUUGUUUUGGCCCAAAAAUAAUGAGGUGGAGUUGGGAUCAGUUGCACAUACCUCAGUCAGUAAUGUGCAAAUGUUGGGAGUGGAGGGCAAUCUGGAGCAUAAGGCAGGUGCUGACGACCAUACAAUUGUUACCUUCCCUCAUGUCGCUCCUGAAAGCCUGAAAACGAGUUUGAUUUUUGUGUCCGCAAUACUUGUGACAUAUGUAUUGAGUGCACCCAAUGCUACGGAACCCGGUGCCAGAUAUGAUCCUAAAUGGGAAUCACUGGACAAGCGUCCCAUUCCGGGCUGGUAUGACGAGGCAAAGGUCGGUAUUUUCAUACAUUGGGGUGUUUUCUCUGUGCCCGCUUAUAUGGGCGAGUGGUUUUGGUGGUACUGGAAGGCCUAUAAGAAAGAAGAGAUAGUUCAGGCUGUGGUAGACUUCAUGAAAGCCAAUUACCCGCCCAACUGGACGUAUCAGGACUUUGCCAAUCAAUUCACGGCUGAAUUCUUUGACCCAAACCAUUGGGCGGAUGUCUUC